GCUGGAUAUGGUACAAGAAAUGCUGACAUUCUUCAGAAAAUACUGUAUCAAUGGUCUAGCGUAUGUGAAUAACUCUCCUUGAGGAAAACGGCUGAAAACGGGACGUAAUAUGUAGAAUUAGAUGUAGAAGUUAUUUCUCUUGCAAGAAUUGGACAUCACCUACAUAUCAACAGAAAGUUUCAAAAGAACACCUAUGAAUAAUGAACCCUCAAUACAGUCUUCAAGAUGUAACCAGAUGUAACCUUUGUGAGACCGCCAUAGUUCAUAGUUACUGUGACAUUUGUCAUGUCAACCUCUGCAAGCCCUGUGUAGUAGAUCACAUUUCAGAUGGAUACGACAAACAUAGAAUAGUUCCCUUUCGAAAACGAAAAUCUAUCUUUAUUUAUCCGAAAUGUGGAUCGCAUUUACAGAAAGCUUGCGAAUUUCAAUGCAAGACGUGUGUUGUUUUCGUGUGUUCUUCUUGUAUUGCAUCGGAACAACACAGGGGUCAUAUUUUUGUAGAGGUGGUAGAAGUUUACAACUUAAAAAAGGAAAUUAUCAAAAGAGAUGCAGCAGAAAUAGAAAUCCGUAUUUCUCCUACUUAUAAAGAGAUUGUCCAUGACAUUGAAAAUCAGUUUUUUAAUCUUGAUGGAAGUUAUGAAAAUAUUACGACAGACAUAAACAAACAAGGCGAGGAAUUGCAUAAAGAAAUCGACUUGGUAAUCAAUGAAAUGAAAACUGAAAUCAGCGAAAUGAAAGUAAAACACAGAGACCUUUUACAUAAACAUUUAGUUAAAACUAAACAAAAGCACGCUCUCAUCAAACGAACAUUACUAGAAUUAAAAGAAAUUCAGAAAUCUAAUGUCGUUUCUUUAACCAUUGACUACAAUUCCAAAAUCAGUGAGUUUAACAAACUUCCAUCCAAGACAUUGUUGCCAACAUUCACUUCAAAGCCUAUCGAUCAUAAGAAACUGCGUAGUUUCUUAGGAAAUAUCACCCCAUUAUACAUUGCUAAAGAGGGAAAUAUCCUGUCAGCAGAACUUUUGGACUACCCGGAAGUUGUUGCCAUAAUACCAACUGGAUAUGAUAAAUUGCGUAAAGUUUCCUGCAUAAAUGAAGAACAAAUAUGGACGAGUGGACAACCCAGUGAUUUGAAAUGCUUCAACAUCAAAGGUGCACUCCUUCAGACAAUCAAUACAUUUGUAAGAAAAUGUUCAAUUGAUAUAAUUUUAGAUAUUGAUGGAGAUCUAAUAUACACUGACUGGUUCACAAAAACAGUGUACAAAGUAGAUGUAAAGAAUGACCAGACAGAAGAGUUGAUAAGGUUACAGGGGUGGACGCCUUGUUACAUGUGUGUAACCUCUACUGGUGAUCUCCUGGUUACCAUGUACAAUGAUGAUGAAAAUCAAUCUAAGGUUGUCCGUUUCUCGGGAUUAACAGAAACGCAAACCAUUCAAUUUGAUGAAAAAGGUAAACCGCUGUACUCAGGGAAUAUACAUACCAAAUACAUUACUGAAAACAGAAACCAUGACAUCUGUGUCGCUGACAGCAGUGCUGGUGCAGUAGUGGUGGUUAAUCAGGAAGGGAAACUCAGAUAUAGAUACUCUGGUGAUCCCUCAGUUGACACGUUUAGGCCUUUUGAACCAUAUGGUGUCAUAACAGACAGCCAAGGCCGUAUCCUGACAGCAGAUCGUAGAAAUCAUUGCAUCCACAUUUUGGAUCAAAAUGUGACGUUUUUGCGAUGCAUCGAUAACUGUGAUCUGAACAAUCCUUGGGGUUUAUGUGUGGAUAAAAGUGACAAUCUGUUUGUGUGUGAGUAUUACGAUGGAAAUAUUAAAAAAAUCAAAUAUUUGAAAUAGACACCAAACAAGAGACAAUGGUGUAAAUCAAAUAAAAGGCAAUCUUCCAAUGAGCAAUGUGAGCAGUGACACUAGAAAAUAUGUUCUUUGGUUGUAUACAAUAUUUAAUUCACAAGACAUGUAUAUUGUCUUGGAAUUUAUAGUCGAUGUUGUUAUGUAGAAAUCAUUGAGGCUUUAGUUUAACGUUGCCAUAUAUUUUAUUGACAUUGCAUUUGUUGUUGCUUAUUUUUGUGAUCGGCUUCGGCCGAUCACAGUUGUGUCCAUCUCAGGCAUCCGGCAAAUUUUACGUAAACGUACUAUAUUUAGCGUGUACGAUAUUUGGCGGAAUAUGGUUUUACAACAAGUUAGCGUCGAUUUGAUUUAGCGAAUUUCUGAAUGUACUUAUUUAUCUUCUUAUAUGUUUUACAUUUGGCGAUGUACUUGAUUUAGCGGACGCUGUUUUCCGCCAAAAACGCUAAAUAGAUUACACAGCCAAAUGUAAUAACGUUUACAGUACUUGAAAAGAAAACAUUUAUACAUUUACAUACAUAAUGAAUUAAAUCACGUUUUUCUUUACAUAUAUAUGCGUAAGAAAAUAUUAAUCGGAAGUAUAAUUCGCCUUCUUAAAACUUUUUCAUGCCUUGCUAUUUCGGAAACCAACGGAACGGUGUUGUAUAGCAGUUUUUCCCACAUAUUAGCUUUUCCCCCCGGAAAACCUACUAUAUAGUAGCCUUUCCCCCCGUGGGGAAAAGCCACUAUAUAGUGGCUUUUCCCCCAUAGUAUGGUUUCUCCCUCUCGUUUUUGGUUCAGAUUUUAUAAAAAAUAUUUAUGGAAAUCCAGUAAGGAUUAAAAUCAAUGUUUCUGCACUCCCAGGUUGCAUACAUGUAUAUCUACAUUCAUCUGUACAGGUUAAGUUUCGUUUUGCCGAUUUAUUAUUUUUAUAGACAAUGCUGAAAAUUGAGCAUGUGUGCAAUGGAAUUACAAAUAGAAUAUAAUUUAGGUCAUUUAUUGAAAAAAGUACUCGGUUUUACAAGUUAUACACUUAUAUGCAUAAUUCUGUGUUCUGAAAUUGUAUUAAGCGAGAAUGUUUUAAGAAUUUUUUGAUAAAUCUAUCAAACUGUCUGUUUGUUUGUGAAAAUUUCAUCCAGGCUAAACCUCUGUUUUAGAAAAAUUUUGUUUCCGAUGUUUCAGAGCCCGAUUUUUAAAAUCCUAUUAUAAUGAUUAUACUGCAUAUUCUUUUGGGUCCAUUGUCUCAUAAACUAGAGAUGACUAUAUCACCAUAUUUUUUGAAGUGGCUGUGGUUUACCACUUGAAGAUGACUCUGAAAAUUUCAGCCCUCAGGGUAGGGGCCCUUGAUGUUUCAGGGCCCGAUGUUUAAAACCCCAUUAUAAAUUCAUUAUUCUUCAAAACAUUUAAUCAAUUCUUAAGAUAACUAAUGAUAUAAUAAAUAACUAAAUAAAUAAAUCAAUAAACUUUUAUUCAUAAAAGGAGAAACCGAAAAUCAAAAAUCAAUAACGAACCAAAGCCCAUAUACGACUUUUUUUUUACUUGUUAGUGUAUUAGAAGAACAAGCUUAUAUUUGAAAAAAAAAGUCAGCUCAUCAUUGGUUGUUUUGGGGUUUUUUUUAAUCACCCUUGUUUCAUUGUUCGAAGAAAUAAAAUGGUACACAAGUAAAUCUUUAUUGCAAAAAUAUGAAACAAAUAGCAUAAGAUGUUUAGGUAAUUGAAUCGUAUAUCUUGAUCUAUAUGGCAUCGUUUUCAAAAUUGUAUAUUUAUAAAUCACGUUGCAAACUUAAAAGUGGAAAAAUUAGCAAAUAGUGAGUGACAAUAUGUACAAAAGGUUAGUUCAAGCUUUAUUUCACAUUUUCCAAAGUAACCAGCAAAGAUACCGACAUUGUUCUGGUUGUGAAGACAUUUCAUUUUUUUUUUAAAUAUUUGUAUCAUAAAAUCUCGUGUUUCGUAAAAAUGUGCUUAAAAAUAUGAAUAUGCCACAAGAAUUAUGUUUUGCAUAAAUUAUCUAAUCAAUCACAUCAUUGAUUACAUCAGUAAUGGGAGUUAUGAAUUAUUUUAGUUGGAAAACAUGACCCCAUCAAUCAAAGUAAAACUAAAACAUUUCAGUUUCUCAUCAUAUCUUUGCAUCCUGUCUCCCGUUUGAUAUUUAGAAGAAGAAAUGUAUAAUUGUUUUAAGAUCGUCAAUUCUAACGGUAUUAAUUUAAAAUUGAUAGCCUAUUGGACGAAGGGAGUAAUACAUUUCCACUUUUUAUUCCUUCCUCUACAAAAUUAAGUCAAGAUUGGCCAGUUAGUUCCCUGGGAGAAGCUUAUACAUUGAUGGUAUUACAUUGGAAAAUUAUAGUUCCAAACCGGCGUAUUUUCACUCAAAUGUGUUCUCACGUGUUCAUAACGUCGAAGUCAAAACUGUAGAUAAGCAUCGAUUAGAUGAAAAAAAUUCGAGGUAUUCCAAAAUCCCGUGUAAAAAGUGUCCCAAAUAGGUGUGAGAAUAGGUGAAAUAAACGAUGAUGACACAUGAAUGUUAUGAAGGCGUAUGCCUUCGUUCAUAUUUGGUGUUGGAAAACCAUGUGUUUUAAUCUACGUAUUAAUAAAUGCCAUAAUUAUCCUUUUUAUGAAAAAUAAAUAGCAUAUCAAUUAUUUCAAAUUGUUGUCACGAAUGGUCCGCCAUAAACAUGUCCGGAAAGUAAAAAUGGGGGAAAAUCCACUAUAUAGU